AUGAAUACAGUCAUGGCCGAUAGAAGGCGUUUGGGUUCAUGGGCAGAUGUGGGUUGGGAAGACCCGUCUCAUGUUCCGCAGUGGGUCUACACGAACGGCAGAUGGAAGGACAUGGCGAUACAGGUAAACCGGAGCAGAAAUAACAAGGUUUUUCGGCCAGUUUCAAAAUACUUUCAAGGCUUCUUUCAGAACAGACGUAGUGUGGCAUGGAGGCAGAAUAACAAUGGACAGAGAUUCACUCGAGGGCGUUUUAAUAAUGGUGAGAAUCAAGGGAAUUUUGAGAAGCAAUUGAAGGGUUUUUCGGGGAAAUGGUCUUUGGAUCUGGGAAAUCAACGAACGUUUGCUAGGGUCGUUUGCUUGGCAAAUAAGGAGACUGUGGCUAGGGUUUCUGUUUCUUCACAGCAGGUGGGAAAUAAGGUAAAUGUGAACCUCAAGGAAGCUAGUUCGGAAAAGAUAAGUAAGAUACCUACUGAUCCUAUUCUGUCGGGGGUUUCUUCAUCACAG